GUCCAGAAGGGGACAGACAAUGAUGCUGCAUACAUCUCUCCAUGGUUUCUUACAUACUUCCCAGUACCCUACACCAUUAUCUGUUACAACUGCAGUUGCUUCUCUUCUAUGUUUCAUUGCUAUAGCCAUCGAUACUCUAAGAGGUUUUCGGCAAAAGAAGUUAUGGUUCCCCUGUAAAUAUUUCUCUCUCAAUGCUGCUACCAUAGCUGUUCUUGGUAUGGCUACCAGUCCUCCAGUAUUCUUAAGGAGCCCUAUGCCUAGUUGUGGAGACCAACUUGAAAAACUCACAAGCAGCAUACUUCUAUGUGUGUCGAUGGGUUUUUUCAUGCCGUCGUUGGGGUCCAUGAACAGAACUGAGCUCAUCUUCAAUCUGGUCACCAUAACUUUCCUGGCAACCACAAUGGUGGUGAAUAUUUGCUUUCAAAUUGGAACAGCUGGGGGGUUGGAAUUCAGAUAUUUCCUAGAACAUAUGAUCAUCAUAAUCUGCAUUGUAGCACUGCUAGCUGUCUUAUGGUUCUCUUUGCCUGAAAAAGGCAUUAAGAAUGUUUGUGAUAUCAUGUAUUUAUGUGCUAUAAAUGAACAUAAACCGUCCACAUUCGAGGAAAUGAGGUAUAGUUUGAAAGAGACAUCAAAGGUUGCUUAUGUUGGUAACCCACAAUAUAUUUUGGGACGAUCCUCAAAUUGUAUUCUCGUGAGUAUUCUUUGUGGAAUCAGUGUCACUGUAUUACUACAAGAGAUAUUUUUUAGAUCAAUUAUGAUUCGAAAUUCUAGCUUUUGUAAUGGAGUAUCUGAGCAUGGAUUUUCGACAUGGGUGAUAGUUGCAGUUCAGAGUAUUGCUAUAGUAACAGUUGCUGUGGCUACUACUACUAGAUGGUUUGUCAUAGCUUGGCAUGUUGGUCCAGAGAGAUUUGCAACUUGGAGAGACAUAUUUCGGGUGGAGCAAUAUCAUCUUCUGUGGUGGAGGGAGUUGGAAAAUCAGCAAAUGCUACCACCAGGUAAUGCAUUCCAUCUAAAGAUCCUUAGAGGAUUGAAAAGAAUUAUUUUUGAUAUGCUGGUUAUAGCACAAAUAGAUAUUCUUGUGAUAGGGAAGUUCAUGUGCUAUUUAUCAAUGUCCUUCACUUUCAUGUUGAAGAAGCUCUUAGAUUGUCUUGGCUACAAGUUGGAGGAUGGGCAUCAGAUGAACAAUGAAAAUACUCGUUGGGUUCAUAGUAUCUCAUCUUUCCUUGGUGAAAGUGACUUGAAUUCAUGGAUGUUGAGCAAUUGGGAGAGGGACAUGACAAGGUGGGAGAGAAGGUGUGGAAGAAACACUCCAACUCAUCUUAUUGAAUUGCUGUAUAAAUGGCCUCCUCAUAGUAUUCACCACUUCCACAAUCUUAGCUCCCCACAUUUGGUUUUGGUAAUGAGAAUUGCUCUGCUCCUCUCCUCUAAUGAAGAGCAAAAUCGGUUUUUGCUCGAUGCAUUUAAUCAAGGGCUCCAACUGGUACUUUUUGUGGAAGAGAAUUCAGGAGAUCAAUCCACUAUAUUCAACGGCUUGAUAUCACCCACUUUAUGGAGGAAUAGAAAUAAUCCAGAUAAUUGGUUAAACAAGAAAUUUGAAUGCUCAGGUACAGGUCUAGGUUCUAUCAAUGUAAUGGAACUUGGAAUACUUCUUCAAAUGUUUAGGGACUACCAUGAACAUCGCGAUGAAUUCGAUAUUCUAAACCAUUUAUCAGAGGGUAUGGAGAUGAUGUUACUCGUCGAUAUUGUUGCAAUUGCCAUUUUCACAAGUGGUUUAGAGGAUGGUGAUCAGCUUAAUGCUGCAGAUUUUUUCGAAGAAACUGCAUGUCAAAUUUUGCGUUCCAUCUUAUCGGAAUUGCCGCAUGCGAUAUACAAUGAGUACAGUCGAUAUCCCUUUGAGAAGUGUGACGAAAGAAUCAAGAGAGCAAUGUAUUUUCUAUACAUGUCUGAGAACCUGCAGGACCACGUUGAGUUCAAUUGGGAUGAGAGGGACGAUGGAUUUUUUUCAUCAAACUCCUAUAGUCCUAAUUUUUCAGCAACUUCCUCUUCUUCUAGUGAUGUAUGGUCAUUUAACCCUAUCACUGAGUAAAUGGAUGUCGCUUCCUUAACUUGAAUGUAAUUUAUAAA